UGCAUUUGUCUCAUCCUUCAGCUAAUCGGCUUGUGUUGUGUGCUUGUUGGGAAUUGUUACUGUUCCUUGUAUCGUGAACCCCUGCUGGACGUUGUUGUUGUCCUCCUCCUCUGGAACCAAAAUGCCUUUGAUCUGUGAUUGGUAAAGAUCCGUUUUUUUCUUUUUCUACGAGUUUUACUGGUUUUGAUUAUGAUGAAUGUAAUAGGGUUUUAUGGACUAUAAUUGGAUUGAUGGGUUGUUUUGAUUGAGGGUUUCAUGCUUGAAUUUUGUUGAUCUUUUUUUUGAAUUUGUGAGGUGAAAUGCCUUGUAAUGAUCUAGAGUUGAACUUCUUAACUGCUUCUGAGCUGGUGAUCCCUUUUUUUUUUAUCAGGUUUCGGUCCAAACGAUCAGUUCCGAUCAAUCUUACAGGUCGGUCACCUACCCUAGAUAGAGGACUCCCCUACCCUCUUUAAGUCGAGGACCCUUUUCGGCUCUUAGUAUUCUCUACUUCUCCAUCAAGGGCUUGGAGUCUUGGACAGGUCUUGUGCAAUGGCAAUGUGGUGGCAUCAGCACAACCAUGGGCAUGACCGUGAGAUAGGGGAAUGGGAAUCUCCCCUAUAACCCUUGAACCUAGCAGUCGUAGUUGGGGCGAAGUGAUGCUCAGGUUGGGUUUUUGAUUGAAUUGGUGUAUAAACGUUGAGAGUUGAAGGAAUACAGUGAUGGGUAAGAGAGAAGGAAACAGAAGGGGUCAGACUCCAUCAUCUUCAGUUCAUCAAGGUAUGCUGACGCUUAGAGAGGAAAGCGGCGGUAGGAAGCAAACCAAAGGAGGAUCCAACAAUGUCAAGUCUAUACUGAAAAAGCAGCAUUUGCAGAAUCUCUCACUAUGGGCUGGUGGAGAAGUGUCUAUUCCAUCGAUGGGUGCUCUCUUUGGGCACCGUUUGGCCGAUUGUGCAGAGGCCAUGGGGACUCCGGUUGAUCCUUCUUUGUUUCUUUGCCAGAGAUGUGAGACUAUUCUUCAGCCUGGCUACAACUGCACUAUCCGAAUUGAAAAGAAUCGUGCCAGGGUACGGAGACGUCAUAAGAAACUGAACAAUCCAACUCAGAACAAUGUGGUUUAUACAUGCCACUUUUGUUCACAACGGAACCUGAAGAAAGGGACACCAAAAGGUCACAUGAAAGAGAUCUGUGUCUCGAGACCUAGACCAGCUUCUGAAUUGGAACGUGUCAACUCUGCUCCACAGGAGUCUACCAUCUUGGAGAAGGGAAUAGAGGGGAAAGAGGGUAAUAACAAUAUAGAGGAGUCCAUAUCCUUGGAAAAAACAUCCAUUUCAGGAUCAGAAUCUGGGAACCUGAAAAAAGGGGCACCUAAAGGUCACAUGAAAGAGAUCUGUGUCUCUAGACCUAAACCAGCUUCUGAAUUGGAACGUGUCAGCUCCGCUCCACUGGAGUCUACCAUCUUGGAGAAGGGCGUAGAGAGGAAACAGGGUAAUAACAAUGUAGAGGAGUCCAUAUCCUUAGAAAAGACGUCCAUUUCAGGAUCAAAGUCUGGCAGUCCAGAGGCUUUUCUAGCAACACAUGAACAGAUUGCGCUGGAAAAUAUUCCAAUAACGCCGUUGGUGAAAACCAGUCGUUCCCUAUUGGAGGGGAAGGGGAAGAAGAGAAAGAAGAAAGGACCAGGUUCUAACCAGGCAGGUGGAUCCGAAUGCAAUUCUGCAACUGCCGAUACAGAGGGAGCAGCCAGUGGCUCAAGUAAACGAAGGAGAAAAUCCUGGACAACACUGAAGGAGAUUGUCGAACAUAGUCAACUAGAGAACAACCACAAAAUCACUAAUUUGUCUAUUCCUUUCUUUUUUGUAGAUGAUCAUGUAUCCUACGGUAUUGUAGAUGGGAAGAGUUAGAAUCUAAUACAGUAAUGACCAGCAUUGUUAGCA